AUGAUCAACAGAACGACAAUACAAGAAGAGUUAGAGCAGAAACGCAUCAUAAGCAAAAACAACCAUGACGAAACAGUAAGACCUAUUGGAAAAAAUUAUUGGAAAUAGAAUGGAUUUUUGAUUAUUCAUAAUAAUUGUAUAUUUCCACACUAUGGAUAUAGUAUCGAAAUAAUAUGGAUAUACCAUGGAUUUAGAGGUGCAAUAGCAAAUCUCAUAGUAUGGAUUUCACAUUUUCCCCCAGGGACCACAACACAACACCUUACAACCUAGUCAACACGCAUAUGCCAAACCCCCACAACAACAGUGUGGAAAACCAUGGAACUACGGGGAAAUUACAGAAGAAGAACCGACGCGAUCGUACACAAUAAGAACAACCAACGGAAUAACACGAAGGAUCGAGUCCAGAUCACAUCAGCACCACCACCAUCAGGUCCAGGAGUUAAUUUUGAUCAAAGAGCAACCUAGCUCAACCGAUGUAGAAGCAAUUCCUAUUAUUCUUCCAAGUAAUCCACCCAAGAAAGAAAGAAACAAUCACAGCACCAAAGGAAUCCGAACCAUCGACGCCCUUGGACGUCUUUCCUGA